UAAUUGGGUUCUUCGAACACACCUGUUGUUUAUGAUUAGUAUCGCUGGAUUGAGUUAUCUGAGAUAAUUGCGCGUUCAUGCGUUGGUUUAAAAGGAGACAUGUAUCGAUAGCAGAAACAAUGAUCAGCAACGCUGCUAUUGGCUGUUCAGCAUGGCUAAAGAACGCGCCCAGUUUUUUUCUCAAGGAGAACAAGAGCUUUUAAUGGAAGGUUAUGCGGAGUUUCAAUCUUUAAUUAAAACGACAGGGAACACCUCGAAGUCUGCAAAAGCCAGGAGAGAGGGCUGGCAAAAAGUAGCAGACAAAUUAAAUGCAGCCUCCGCGGGACCCAUUAGAACAUGGGGACAAGUAAAAGUGAAGUACAAGAAUAUUCUACAAAAUGCCACCAAGAAAAAGGCUGAAAAAAAAAAAACAGGUGGUGGUCCUGCACCACCACAAUGUACCCCAGCAGAGGAGCUGGCCCUUGGGUUGAAUCAAAACCGACCCAUUGUGGAGGGCAUCCCUGGCGGCAGCUCUUCCUCAGACCCAAAGCCAGGGACCAGUAGCAGCAACACCUUUAUUACUGUUUUACAUAAUACACCAACCCUUUUACCUGUUCCCAAGCAAGUGGUGGCUGAAGCAUAUGCAGACAGUGAAGAAACCCUCUCGGAUGACUGUCCUUUGGAGGAGGAACCUGUAAGUGCAUAAAUAACUUAACACUAAUUUGUAUAUACUUGUGUACCUAUUCUUUUUGUGUGCAAUAUGAGUUGCAGGAGUCCACACCUACAGAAAGGCCUACAGAAAGGCCUACAGAAGAGUCUGCACAAAGAAGUGAUACAGAGACACAGGGUGACAUCCGUUCCCUAUACAAACGGCAUCUUCAACAAAAAAUCGAGUAUUUUGACCUGAAAAAACAGAAACUAAAAGGAG